AUGGAAAUUGUCAUGGUUAUACUGGGACUCCUAGCCUCCAUUUUCAAGACAGUGCAUACGACAGAUCCGUGUUCCAUCCCACUGACAGGAUACGAAAGCUUUAUAACAGAUGUCCCCGAGGAUACACCUGUAGGUUCUGUGCUGGGAAGGCUGAAGGUAUCAGGGGGACUGGAAGAGGUCGAUCUUACCCAACAACCAAACGAUUAUCUCUUACUCGAUCGAUCUAGCCGAAAUAUCACACUGCAGAAGGCACUUGACACAGACAAGGGAACCAGCACAAUCAUUCUUAUGGUCGACUGUAGCAUCAGACAAGAAGUCGAGUCGCCCUCGAUCCCCUUGAUGGUCAGGGUUAUUCUAGAAGAUGUAAACGACAAUCCGCCAAUCUUCUCAAGUUCCAGUUACUCCACAAACGUAACUGAAGACACUAAGUUGGGAACAAUCAUUUUCCGGGACACCAUAGCAACCGACGCCGACCAGAAAGGAGGCGGAAAUGACCAGAUAUCGUACCGAAUCCUCCCUGGCCCGUAUUCAGACUACUUCGACAUUUCGUACCCAUUGUAUCCCGAUAUAAAAAUAAGAAAAUCACUUGAUUUCGAGACACUUAACAUGAUCACAGUAGCUAUAGAGGCUAAGGAUAAUCCAGUCCGUGGAGUGAGCAUGAGUAGUAGCACCACCUUAACGAUUAGUGUAAUUGACACCGAUGAUUUAAUUCCAAAGUUCACCAGAGAUUACUAUACAGGGACUGUCAAUAUCAAUGCAACAAGGGUAAGUAUAAACAGUACUUACAGAACGUAUGAUGCAGCAAACAUCUUUCUGAUUUCUUAA